AUGUCGUCCUUUGGUAAAAGUUUCGUCGUAGUACUAACAUUAUUCUGUCUCUUUUCAACUCGAGCCAAUUGUCUACGAAAGGUAAGGCCAAUCGAUGAUGUCCAACCAGAGGAAACGUUAGCGGUUCACAACGAGAUUCGAGCCGCGGUCGGGGUGGCUCCAUUGGUUUGGAACAAAACCGUUGCCGCCUAUGCACAGCACUUCGCAAACAAACAAGCCAAAGCUGGAGUCUGCAUGUACAGCGACGUAAGACAUUCUGGUGGACCUUACGGCGAAAACAUAGCCGCGGGAUGGGUCCAACCGACAGACCAAAUGAGCGGUCCGAUCGCGACUAAGUUUUGGUCGACGGAGAAGCCUAAUUACGACCAUGACACCAACAAGUGCAAAGAUGUUUGCGGCCACUACACUCAGGUUGUGGCUAAUCAAUCGUCUAGUGUUGGUUGUGGCUCGUACAGGUGUCAUGAUAAUGAGUUAAUUUGGAUUGUUUGUGAUUAUUAUCCUAUGCCAGUGGGUGAUGCGGAUACGCGUCCAUAUUGA